AGUUGUAUAAAACUAUUGCUUAUUAACUAUACUCGACAAAAUAACUGAUAUUAAAAAUGGCUAGGAGAUAAAGCUUAAAUAUCAAGUCGAAAUAAGCGAUUUCAUGAAAGCAAAGGCUUGUUCGCUCAUUCGAUUCAAACACAGCUACGCAGAGCUGGCUAUAGUUACUAGCAGCUUAGACAGUACAGACAUGGCUACUGUGCUGAAAGUUAAAACCUUACAGGGUCUUAGAAUAUUUCAACAAAAAGUAAUAUGGACCAAAGGAUCUCUACGGUUUGCCUCAGUUGGUCAAGGCAGGAUAGAGAAAGUCCUAAUUGCAAACAGAGGAGAGAUUGCCUGUCGUGUGAUGCGAACAGCCAAGAAGAUGGGGGUGCGCUCCGUGGCAGUAUACAGUGAUGCCGACCGUCAUUCCAUGCACGUGGCCAUGGCAGAUGAGGCUUAUAACAUUGGGCCAGCCGCAUCCCAGCAGAGUUACCUUUCCAUGGAGAAAGUGUUGGAGGUUGCUAAAAAAUCUGGAUCACAUGCUGUCCAUCCAGGAUAUGGCUUCUUGUCAGAGAACACAGAGUUUGCUGAGGCGUGCAAACAGGAGGGAAUCAUCUUCAUUGGUCCUCCAUCAUCUGCUAUCAGAGACAUGGGCAUCAAAAGUACAUCAAAGUACAUCAUGUCAGCCGCAGGUGUUCCUAUCAUCGAGGGAUACCACGGAGAGGACCAAUCAGAUGAGAAGCUCCAAGCUGAGGCUGUCCGGAUUGGCUACCCGGUGAUGAUAAAGGCUGUGCGGGGCGGUGGGGGUAAAGGAAUGCGCAUUGCACAUACCGCUGAAGACUUCCAUGAGCAGCUUGAGUCAGCUAGACGAGAGGCUCGCAAGUCCUUCAACGAUGACGUCAUGUUGGUGGAGAAAUUUGUAGAGGACCCUAGACACGUGGAGGUCCAGGUCUUUGGCGACCAACAUGGAAAUGCUGUCUACCUAUUUGAAAGGGACUGCAGUGUACAGAGAAGACACCAGAAGAUAAUUGAGGAAGCACCAGGGCCUGGCAUUAGCGAGGAGGUGAGACGGAACCUGGGUGAGGCAGCGGUGAGGGCAGCCAAGGCGGUCAACUACGUAGGAGCAGGCACCGUGGAGUUUAUCAUGGAUGCACAGCACAACUUCUACUUCAUGGAGAUGAACACCCGUUUGCAGGUGGAGCACCCUGUAUCUGAAAUGAUCACUGGGACGGACCUGGUGGAGUGGCAGCUCCGGGUUGCUGCGGGCGAGAGGCUGCCUCUCCUACAGGAUGAGAUCAAACUGAUGGGCCACUCGUUCGAGGCCAGGAUUUACGCGGAGGACCCCAACAACGACUUCCUCCCUGGGGCAGGACCCCUCCUUCAUCUGUCAACACCCCAGGCAGACGAGUGCACGCGUAUUGAGACGGGCGUCAGGGAAGGAGAUGAGGUGUCGGCCCACUACGAUCCGAUGAUCGCCAAACUGGUGGUGUGGGGAGAGGACCGCUCUGCUGCUCUGAAGAAGCUCCGAUACUGCCUCCGCCAGUACAAUAUCGUAGGCCUAAACACCAACAUUGACUUCCUGCUGAGCCUGACCGGCCACCCGGAGUUCGAGGCGGGGAAUGUGACCACCAGCUUUAUCCCCCAGCACUAUGCGGAGCUGUUCCCCAAACCGAGUCCUCCAUCCAAGGCCACACUGUGUCAGGCUGCCCUGGGCCUGUUGCUCCAGGAGAGGGCCAACACUCGGGUGUUUAGAGACCAGUCAAACGAUCCCUUCUCUCCUUUUGCCUCCAGUAGUGGCAGGAGGGUGAACAUCCUCUACAGUAGGAAUAUGGUGCUCCAGUUGGGUGAAACUAAUGUGGAUGUAACUGUUACGUACAAUCCAGAUGGGACCUAUUCUAUGGAGAUUGAAAGGGAAAUGUUUCAGGUGUCCGGGAAGAUGGAGACAGAAGGACAGGCAUCGUUUCUGCGCUGCUCUGUGAAUGGGGUGAAGAGCCGACCCAAACUGUUCAUCCUGCAUAACACUGUACACAUCUUCUCUAUGGAGGGCAGCGUGGACGUGAGCGUUCCAGUGCCUAAGUUCCUGGCUGGUGUGAACACAGGAGCCCAGGGAGGAGCUGUGGCACCUAUGACUGGAACCAUUGAGAAGGUGCUGGUAAAGGCAGGUGACACAGUGCAAAUAGGUGAUGCCUUGAUGGUAAUGAAUGCCAUGAAAAUGGAGCACACCAUCCGAGCACCUAAGAGUGGUGUUAUCAAGAAGGUGUUUUUCAAGGAGGGCUCCCAGGCCAACCGUCACGCAGCCCUGGUGGAGUUUGAGGAGGAAGAGGUUGCUGAAGAGGAGUAACAUUAAUCCCAUCUGUGUGAAUACCUGUAUGAGCGUUCAGAUUGAAGGAGUUACUGUAGAAAUCACACGGAAGGGUACGCAUUCUGUAUGAAAGUAUACCUACCUGUGAAUACACCAGGUGCUUGUGUGUCACUACACACUUGCCUACGAAUUACCUGACCGUUUGUUUUGGCAUUUUCUGUUGGCUGUAAGAAAUGUCUGAAUGCUGUACGGUCCUCUGCAACAUGCUCUUGUGGUCAUAUCACCCCCCUCCCCCGCAUAUUAUGGUUGUUUUUCACAGUUUUAAAAACCACUAGGUGAGACUUUUCCCCCUCUUCUUCACCGGAUGCCUUUUCUUGUAGCUUUAGUUGUAUGCAUGCUUUUGCAUGUCUCUUGUAGCCUGGUUCCAGAUACAGUAUGCCUGUGCUCUAAUCAACUCAUUGUAAAGCCAAACAUGUUGAGUAUCUACUUUAGGCAGGAUGGCACUCAGUCUAUUCACAGCCUGGAGGAAACCUGAAUCAUAUGAGAUCUAGCCUGAGGUUUUCACAGCUAGCAGCCCCCCUUCACAGGCCAAAUGACUAGAAUAGUCCAGUGGAAAAGAUGGUCUUGCACUUAUACAUUAAACACUAAUCACAGAUAUGGCACAGGAAAUACAGAAUACACACAUUGUAAUCUAUGAAGUGUGAAGUCCUCUCAAACACACGCUGCAAAAACAUGUUUGGGGUGAGUUAGGAGUCUAACUAGUGAUUAUUCAUCAAUUCUGUAGUGAACUAAAUUUAUUUACAUGCAAACUUGUUGAUUUGUAAUUAGUGGAGGUUUGUUAAAAUUUUUCUAAAUGAUUUCUAAAAUAAAACAUCUUUCUCAAAAUAUCCUGUCACUGUACUUUUAUACAGAAAUCUUACUAUUUUAUCUCAUGGCCACUUGUGUGUGCGUUGUUGCAUAUUGGAAAAGGACAAAUGUUAAAUAUGCUUUUUAAAAACAUUUAUUCAGUAAAUAAAAUUUGUUUUAAACAUCUG